GCUCAACAACCCCGGUCUGAAGACUCACCGCCUCAGCAAACCAAUCUAUCAGCGACCAUGCAGUCUACGGCUCAUUAGAAGCGUCUCGCUUUCUUUCCUCUUCCGAAAGUGUUCCCUGCAACUGCAGACCCACGCUUUCCUUCACCCUUUACUCAACCGGACCUCCCCUGCCAUCCGUCCCGGACGCCUCCAGGCCUUGUCGACGGGAAACUCGUUCGAAAGAUGGCAGCAUCAAAUUCAAACGGUCGUUCAAUGGAGUCACGAGUUGGGAGAAGCAAUCAACGAUACAAUUCGAAAGGCGAGCGCCUGGUCGCCGGCGUCGUGCCCCUGACUGAAGAUAAGGGACAUGUUAUGCUGAUCCAGUCCACGCGGCGGAAGGGCUGGGUGCUACCCAAGGGCGGCUGGGAGACAGACGAAGAGUGCCACGAGGCCGCGGCGCGCGAAGCCUGGGAGGAGGCCGGUAUUCUGGUCCAGAUCGACUACGAUCUGGGGGACAUCCAGGAGCUGAGCCCACGGAAGAAGACCUCUUCGUCUAGUUCCUCCUCAUCCAAGGGUUCAAGUAAGGAUUCCAAGGAUGGCAAGGAGUCGACAAAGUACAAGCAACGCUCGCUCUACCGGUUCUUUGAGGUGACCGUCACUAGCGAGGAGCCUGAUUGGCCGGAGAGGGAGAAACGCGAGCGCAAAUGGUUCACGUUUGCCGAGGCGAAGGAGAUGCUCAAGGACAGGCCGGAACUGCAGACGGCGCUGGAGCGGUCCACCAUGAAGAGGUAGCCUCGGGCCGUGCCAUGUCGAUAAACGAGUCGAUAAACGAGUCGAUUUCCAAGCGUGGGGGAUCAGCUGCCCGCCGGGGUUCCCGUGCCGUGCUUCUCGGUCAAGGAGCGGUUCUUGAUGUGGCAGCGGAUUUCUUUCUUUC